AUGGCGUUCUUGAGGUUGUUUUCGGAGCGAGACUCCAACUCCACUUCUAAAAGGAACGGAACCAACGCUUCACCGGUUAUAACGCUCCGAAAAGAUAUCCGGUCAAAAUACUCGGGAUACCAGAAUUCUUACACAUCCACUUGUAAAGAAGAUUUCAACCUCAGAUCCUUUGACUCUUUGCUUCACCAACGAACGAAUAGACUCAUCAGUGUGCUGCGUGCUGAGGGCGAGACUCAAUUUUUAUCCCUAAACUCGCACAUAGAGGUGUGUGGGUUUCUACUUGAACUAAGCGAAGAUGUGGUAAGGGUCAUUAUUGAAAGUAAAGAAGAUGUGUGGAAGAACAAAGAUCUAAUGUCAUUGGUUAAUGCCUACUUUAAGAGUACCGCCAAGACCUUAGAUUUCUUCAAUACCGUCGAGAAUUGGGUCAAGAGAACAGAAAUCAGCCAGCUUAUCAUUCGAUUUGCGGUGAAACAGUUUGAGACAGAGGAUCUUGGUGGAAAUAAGAAGAAGAAGUAUGCAAAAACUUUGGAGGAGCUGAACAAGUUUAAGAACGUGGGAGACGUUUUUGGUGAUGAGUUCGUGACUCAGUACAAGUCCGUCUACGAGCAGCAGGUUCUGCUUCUGGAGGAACUCCGUAAGAUGAAAGUAAAGCUUGAUAAGAAGCAGAGGAAUGCAAAGAUAUGGAAGACACUGUCGAAUGUUGUUUUCGCGACUGCCUACGUCUCUGUUGAAUAA